CCCGCCUUGCUAGCUUCUCUGAUCUCUCACUUUCCCUCCGCUUCUUGCCAUCCCAAGAGCGAGCGAGCAGUCACAGAAAUGGAAGAUCCGAAGGUCCUCACGAUCUUAGAGCUGGUACAGCGUGGAAGCCCCCUCACCGCUACUUCCUCUCUCCACUCACCCCCUCGCAGCCGUCCGAUCUCUCCCAAACCCUCCGCAUCAAACCAAAGACCCAAACCCCCCGGUCCCACCCCCUCAAACCCUAACCCUAACCCCACUGUUCUCACUCCCCUCAACCACCCCGCCAUCCUCAUCGGAACCCUAAACCUUCCGACCGCAGACUCCACCUCCGCUCCAAACCUUAAUCCUCGAUGCCCUUACAGAACUUGCUUCCAAUUCUCCGACACUUCGGCUACGAUCUGCUGCGACAUUCUCGACCUUGACGUGCGGAUAAUCGGGAAGAAAAUCCGCGUUCUCGCUUGGAAUUUCGUUCCCUUGAAGAAGCAUGGCGGCGGGUUCUUGGAGAUCAUUAAAUGGAGGUUUUCGGAAUCGAUCGGCAGACUUGGUCGGUGUUCGGUCGAUUCGUUUCCAUUGGUUUCAAGUUCUGAAUCUAGCUUUGAGGAUAGUUCCAAGGCUCGGUAUCGAAUCCACGGCGCACUAGAGUCUGUAAGCCCCGUGAUCGUAGUUCCAUGCAAUAAGGGUCUAAAUUCAAGCUAUUCGGCGAAUCUUCGAGGAUUUUUAGUCCAAUUUAUAGUGUGUGAGUGCGAAAUGUGUAGUUCAAAAACUUCGUUAAUGGUUUUGAAUGAUUCAAUUAUAGAACAUGGUCAGGGUAGUGGUUGUCAUUGUUACAAUAAGCCUGAGUUCGUAUAUUUUUGUGGUUCCACUUCGUCUUGGCAUCCUGUGAUUACGAAACUUAUUGGGAAUGUUAUUACGGUCUCGGGGUUGAAGAAAAAGUUGGUGUAUAUUGGAAAGGAAGAGUCUCGUUUGAUGUAUGUAACUACGGAUAAAUCUGCUUUGCAUUUACCAAGGCUGUCAAAGAAAUGGGUACCGCAUGAAAAAGGUAUUGUUAAGGGGAAGGGUGAAUGUGGUUCAUAUAAGGGCGUAGUCAGAGGCGUGUACAUGCAAGGGAUGGUUGUCGAGCUGGAUGAUGAAGUGUGGCUUUUGUUAACUGAUCAUCAAGUAACUGCACCGCAUAGUCUUAGGGUCGGUGCUCUUAUAUCCGUGAGAAAUGUCCAUUUCGUGAAUCCAAAAUUUUCUUGGAAGAAAAUGGUUAUACUUGGGGCUUGCUUCAAGACUAGCAUUAUCGUGGAGUCAUUCUCCCCGUUGGAAACUGGGUGUCAUGUAGUUUCACAAUCACAGAGUAUGCUGGGGAAGUUUGUCGAGUCUCUAGUAUAUUCUGCCAGACUAUGGGUGUUACUUGUUGUUUCAUGUUUUAGGAAAAAGUUUGCAGGUAUCACAUCUGAGAAGGAGAUUUUGGGAUCGAAACAUAAGGAAGGACUGGUUCAGGUGUAUGCUACUUUUCAUUUACCGAUGUUGGUGUUUCGAUCUCGGCAUGGAGUAUUCAUGGAACUAUGUAAGCACGACCAGUGUGGCUGUGGUAGUGAACUGAAUUCUGAUAGCCUGAAAUUGGUUAUGCCCAUAUCAAGUUUUAUCCGUUAUUGUGAGGCCACAUGGACGAGAAUGCUAAGAUUGGAAAAGGACUGUAAAAAAAUGUUUGAGAAGAACCAAUUUAGCCUUUUGCCCUGUGAAGGGAGAUUCUAUGGUCGGUCGGUAAGGAAAAUACUUACCAGUCAAGACAUUGGAAUUAUUUUGCUUGGAAGUCUAAAGAUUUCUCCCACUUCUGGAAGAUUACAGUUGGUUGAUGCGACUGGUAGCAUUGAUGUUCUUAUACCAGACCUUCCAUCAACAUGGAAUGCCAACAGCAUAUUUGAGGUCAUUAACUAUAGUGUUGUUGUUGAAGGCGUACCAAAUAUGAUUGAUCAUUUGGGAUUGUCUGACAGCGAGUCAGUCUCAUGCAGAAGUAUCUUUCAGUGCAUCUCACUAGCAAGAGAGACAAACUUAGCAGUCUUCGUUUAUUUUCAUUUUAGGAAUGUGGCAUGCAGAAAUAUUCCUCUUAAUCAAUGUAUUGACUGGAAGAAUGAUAUCAAGAAACUUGAAGAUGGGACAUUUCAUCUGCUUUACAUAACACACAAGUUUCCUGUGCCGCAGAAGUUUUCUGUAAUUUCACAGUUUCAGGGUGAUCUGGCUGUAUCAAACACGUCGAGUCUAUUUGUUGAGGUCUUAAUCUUGCCUUGGAAUUUAUUUCUUGCUCCGGAUGGGCUGAUGAAUCCAACAACGGUUUCAAGGGAACAGCUGGAGAAACCCAUGGAACAUUCUGCUGGUGAAAAUUACCAGGAGUGUGUCUCUCUCAGGAGAUGUAAUUUCAACCAUUCUCCAAUCAGGGAAUUGAGGUCAGGCAUAAUGUAUGAUUUUCACAAAUCUGGCUGUGAAAAUCCUUAUACUCAAUCCAGAAAAAAACCGAAACUUUGCAACUUGAGUUCUUACGAAAUUUCUUGUUUAGUAACUGUUAGAGGUGUUGAUGGUAAUGACCUAGUUACUUCAGGUAUCUUGUACUGCACAAGAGCCAAUCUAGGUUCUAGUGGUGGAUGCAGAUCGGGUGCAUACAAGGUACUGAUGGAGUUCAAGUCUGAAAGUUUUUUCAAUUAUCAGUUGUUGCAGAUUGGUGGUUAUUACAUUACAAAGCAUCAUGGAGAUGAUCAUUUCUGUAAUUUUGAGGACUCUGUUUAUGCCAGUGGUGUCAAAGUCCUUAUCACUUCUGGAACGCAUUUCUGGAGUCUUUCAUACGCUUCUAAUGAGGAUCUCCGCAAUAGUAAUUCAUCACACCACCCUAUAUUAGACGAUUCUUCUUUCAGAAAUAAUGAGGUUCUCUCUGAAGAUCAAAUUGAACUCCUUCAAGUGUCCACCGAAAAUUCUGCUAGAACCUGUUUAGAUGUUCAUCUUUGUCUCCCAGCCCCUGUAAUAGGUCUCUUAGAGGUAAAUCUUGAGGGAUUGGGAGAAGGCCUGGUCAAGCCAGUUGUGAUACCCAAAGAUAUUUCUAAUGCUUCUCUGCCAAUGGGAUCUCCUGAUUGUAAUCGCCUGUUUCCUGAGGGAAAUUUAUCUUCUCUACGGGGGCAAGUGGUUGCAGUUCAUGGCAUUGAUGAUAGUUCCAUUGAUGCACAUUUGAGCCACAAAAGCCUUGGUGAUGUUUGUAUUCUUGUUUUGGUGGAUGAUCGCUCUGUGACGAUUUUUGGUUCCCUGAAUAAACAUGCUUUUCCUACUGGUUUUGGACCUGGUACCUAUGCAACAUUUCACCGAAUUCUUGAAUUGGGGAGAAAGAAUAUCUUUAUGUUGACACCUGUAACAUUUAUUGCAAUCAACUCCAUCCAUGUUGUCAGUGAACCCUACAGAGACACCUAUUUCAAGUUUUGGCCUGCAUCAGAUGCUUACAAUAAUGCUUCUCCAGAUUCUGUUUCUUCUGGUCUGUUUUCUGAUUUGUUUCAGCGCUUGGAUUGCAAGCCAAUGCGGUUUCACUGCAGGGUUGUUGCUGUCCGUAUACUGGUUUUGGAGAAGAAGAAGGUGAUAUAUGAUGAUUUGCAAUCAAAGGUUCUUGCCAGGCCACCUCUCAUUGACAUUCCUCUUGCUUGUUUUGUGUUGGAUGAUGGGUCAUCCUCAUGUUGUUGCUGGGCUGAUGCUGAAAGAGCAGCAACCUUGCUGAGGCUACAUGAAAAACUCCCGCGGAGAGAAAGAAGUGGCUGGACACUGAAGUGGGCUGGGAUAGAUGACAAUGCCUGCAGCACCAGUACUUAUUAUCUGGAGAGAAUUUUCAAAGACCAUGAUAGAAUUACAGUGAAGAACUAUGGAUCGAUGUUUGAUUCUUCUUAUCAAGAGCUUGCUGUUUCUUACACUCCAGAUAAUGCACUCAGCAUCUCGGAUGAGAGCCUCCUUAAGUUCAUAACUUUAAAUGCUUCCUUCGGCCCAUUUUGGACGGUUGUUGCUAGUAUGAUGGAUUCAAGUACUUGUUGGCAAUUGGAGAAAGAACACCUUACAGAAAUGGAGAUGCCUGUGCAUGCCAUCCCAAACAUAUGGGCUUCGGAAGUUUGUUACACGAACCCGCUUACUGAUGGCAGGGAUAUGAUCCAAGAAUUGCUUAAUAGGUAAUUGUUUCCAUUACUAAAUGCUGGAUGCGGAAUGUGGAAUUUUUUUUCUUUCUUUUCUACAUGAUGCCCUCCCCAGUGCUCGCGGUAGUGCUGGCCCAACUUUAUUAUAAGAUAUUAUGACCGAAUUUUGUAUAUUUACUUAAAACUUUUGUACGAAAUGAAGUGAUUAGAGUAAUGGCCCAUUAUAUGUUCGCUGGUCAAUACAAUGUAUAAUAUUCAUUUUGUUGUU